CACCGGACAACUAAACACCGGCAGCAGAAGAAGAAGAAGGAGAAGAUGGCGCUGUGCUGGAUGUAAACAAAGAGGAUUUACUGUUUCUCCGUCUGAAGAAGAAGGUUUAACUUCUGGAAACAUACACACUGAAGGUGAUGGCUGGUCGAGGUGGUGGGCGGGGCCGGAGGAUGAUGACUUUCAGCGUGGAGGCCGUCGGCAUCACCAGAGGAGACAGUUUACCUCCAUCCAUCCAACAACCUACACCUCUGUUUCCUGUGAUGGAGCAGAAGCCCCUCCCCCUGACAGCUGGCGAGGAGGAGGAGUAUCUGUUGGCUCUCAAACAGGAGUUCAGAGGAGCGAUGAAGAGUCUGCCGUGCUUCAUCCAGCCGACAGCUGCACACCGAGAUGUGGAGAGGUACUCUGAUAAAUAUCACAGCAGUGAGCAGACAGAGGCGCUGACAGACUGGACUCCAGACUGGAAGAGAUUACCCAAAGAGCUCAGAGUGAAGAAACCUCCCAGAGGUGGCGUCUCCGCAGCAGUGAGUCGCUCAGACAAACUUCAGUCGGGUCAGAAGAAGAAAAAAGUAAAAGAGAAAGAGGAAGUGCUGCUCAAACUGGAGACUCUGCAGAAGAAGGAGGAGGGGCAAAGCUCGGAGGACGAGGAGGAGGAGGGAGAGGAGAAGAAGAAGAAACAGGAAGAGGAAGAGGCCGAGGGGGAGGAGGAGUACGACGAGGAAGAGUUCGAGGAGGAGACGGAUUACGUCAUGUCGUACUUUGAUAACGGAGAAGAGUUCGGAGGAGACAGUGACGACAACAUGGACGAGGCUAUUUACUGAAACACUUUGUCUGUGUGUAUGAAUAUGUACACACACACACACACACACACACACAUUUCAAUUUCAGAUUUUAUUGGAAAACUUUGUUAGUUUUUACAGCAGAGAGAAAAUAUCCGUCCAGGAACCCUUUUAUAAUCAGAUCGGACUCAAAGAGUGAGUGAAUGAAUAAGUGGAUGAGUGGAUGAGUGAAUGAGUGAAUGAGUGGAUGAGUGGAUUAGUGAUUGAAUAAGUGGAUGAGUGGAUGAGUGAUUGAAUGGAGGUUCAGAUGAAGAUGAUUCAUCAGGUUUUAUUCGUCCGAAGAUUUAAAGAUUUCUGAGAGUUCAUUGAAAAGUUUUUUAAGAUUUUGUACCAAAAGUUGUAUCUGUUUGAUCUUUGUUGUGUAAAAAAGUGAUUUUUUUCUGUUUGUUUGUUGCAAAAUAAACACAGUUAAAAACGUGUUAAUAUUAAAACUUUUAUUGACAAGUAA